AUGGAGGCUGAGGCUAGCUAUGAUUUUGUUGCCAACGCUGAAGAUGAACUUGGAUUUAAAAAAGGAAGUCUCUUAAAGAUACUAUGUGUAGAAGACGAUCCUAACUGGUACCUAGCCGAACAGGAAGGCCGAACAGGUUUAAUACCGUGCAAUUACAUUACAAUGCGUCCUCACCCCUGGUACAUCCGACACUGUAGUCGUAUGGAAGCCGAAGAAAGACUUCAAGAAAUUGAUCAAGAAACAGCACAGCAUUUGCAACCUGAUGGAGCUUUUAUAUUGCGUCAAAGUGAAGCAGACGGUAAAGGAUUUAGUUUGUCUGUGAAACAAGGUUGUGAAGUACUUCAUUUUAAAGUACUUCAAGACGAAGCUGGAAAAUAUUUUUUCUGGUUAUCCAAAUUUGAUUCCAUUAACCAAUUAAUUGAUCAUCAUCGAAAGACAAGUAUAUCACGUAAUCGUUUAUUGACUUUGGUUGAUCUUGUCCCAUCUAAGCGUUUCCCUACUAAUGUACGAAAAUAUCAACUUGAUCGAGUAAUAGCCCGGUUUGAUUUCGAGACAAAAGGUGCCGGUGAAUUAUCUUUACAUCGUGGUGAUGUUAUCGAAGUGAUUAAUCGUAAUGAUGAAAAUUGGUGGCGUGGUCGUACAUCCGAUGGACGGUGUGGCCUAUUUCCAUCAAAUUUUGUAGAUGAUUUACCUUCAGUCAUAUAAAUAAAUUUUCAGAAAACUAUUGCUUUAGAAACUAGUAAGUAACUAAUCAAUCAAUCAUUCACAAAUGUUGCCUCGUUAACUUUCUUUUAUACUUCAAAAUCUUUCUCUCUGUGUGUGUGUGUGUGAGUGUUUGGACAUAAGCAUCCUUAAUUUCUGUAAACAUAUACAUGUAGCUGUCUUUUUCUCUCUUUUUAUCUUACUGACAAGGAUUUGACCUCGUUCAGCUUUGUAUUGAUAUAUUCUUUUCUAAUAGCUAUACAUACAUUUAUCAUGAAAAAGAAAGUAUAAACGAACAACACGUGCAUAUAAUUUACAUAAUAGAGCACAAUAAACCUC